AUGGCUUCUCUUUUGUCUGCAUGUGAAAUUGGUGAUGGAUUCCCAAUCCUCAUCGUCCACGGAUGGGAGAUGCGGGGAGAGGUUGAAGAGCGAGAUUUCGAGCCAGUCUUCAGCAAAAUACCAGGCCUUCGCCGGAUUUACGUGGACCUUCCGGGCAUGGGCGCGACACCGGCGAACGGUGUCAAGGAUCAGGAUGAGAUGUACCAUCGACUCGUGGAAUUCAUAGAUUCGCGACUUGGCAGCUCAAGGUUCGCAGUCGCAGGCUCAUCGUGCGGCGCAUAUCUUGCACGCGCUGUAGCCCAGAAAUAUCCCAACCAAGUUGAUGGCUUGCUAUUGCGGGUGCCGCUCAUCGAGCCAGCCGACAGCAAUCGCGAUGUCGAUUCUUUCAAACCGUUGAUUGAAGACGAGCAAUUCUUGUCCAGCAUCCCAGUCGAGGAAAGGGCAAGCCUUGGCAACAUUCUGAUCCAGACGCCGGAGUAUGUUGAAGCCUUGAAGAAAAAGUACCAGGAAGUCUAUGCUCCCGCCAUGAAGGCAGCAGACAGUAGCGUUUUGGAUCCAAUUCGUGAAGACCCAACUCGCUACGGACUGUCUUUUUCGCUGGACGAGGCCAAGUUCUUUGCACCCACACUUAUCGUCUGCGGCCAGCAGGACACGAAUGUAGGCUAUCGAGACAGCCUUCGAUUACUAGAGCUCUACCCGCGUUCAACCUAUGCGGUUCUCGAUCGUGGUACGCAUGGACUGCCUAUAGGUGACCCUAGCAUGUUUGAGGCCCUGGUUCGGGACUGGGUCUCUCGUGUUAAUGAAUGGCGAGGUCGCACGAAAAGCUAG